AUGUUGAUACAGGACCAGGACCAGAACCAGAACCAGGACCAGGAGUCCAGCAGCAGGACCAAAGCGGACUCUUCCUCCGCUGGUCUGCAGGAGCCACCGGGACGUCAAGCCUCUGGGUUGGAGGUGCGCCGGAGCAGGCGACUGGAGCCACCGGGACACCAAGCAUCAACAUCUGGGGCCAGUCGUUCAAAGAAACAUAAAGCCAAAGAGAGAACCAAGAGUUACUGCUGUGAUAGGAGGGAUAAAGUCCUCACCACUUCACCAGGUCUGAAGGUCCGAAAGAGGAUUCAUACUGAAGAGAAGCUGUACAGAUGUGAUCAGUGUGGGUCAGCUUUUACCCAAAAAGGUAGUCUAAGGAGUCAUCAGCGUAUUCACACUGGAGAAAAGCCGUACAAAUGUGAUCAGUGUGAGGCAGCUUUUACCCGACAAGGUAAUCUAAGGAGUCAUCAGCGUAUUCACACUGGGGAUAAGCCUUACAGAUGUGAUCAGUGUGGGGCAGCUUUUACCCAACAAGGUAAUCUAAGGAGUCAUCAGCGUAUUCACACUGGGGAUAAGCCGUACAAAUGUGAUCAGUGUGGGGCAGCUUUUACCCAACUAGAUCAUCUAAGGAGUCAUCAGCGUAUUCACACUGGGGAUAAGCCUUACAGAUGUGAUCAGUGUGGGGCAGCUUUUACCCAACAAGAUCAUCUAAGGAGUCAUCAGCGUAUUCACACUGGAGAUAAGCCUUACAGAUGUGAUCAGUGUGGGGCAGCUUUUACCGAACAAGGUAAUCUAAGGCGUCAUCAGCGUAUUCACACUGGGGAUAAGCCUUACAGAUGUGAUCAGUGUGGAGCAGCUUUUACCGAACAAGGUAAUCUAAAGCGUCAUCAGCUUAGUCACACUGGGGAUAAGCCUUACAGAUGUGAUCAGUGUGGGGCAGCUUUUACCCAACAAGGUAAUCUAAGGCGUCAUCAGCGUAUUCACACCGGAUAAAAAAUUGUCUGAUCAGUGUGGGGCAGCUUUUACUCGGAGAGCUCAGUUAAGUUAGUUUGAUUGUUGAUCUUUUGAUAGUACUCUUGUAUGAUGAUUUAUAACUGGGGUUUUUAUUGUUGAUCUUUUGAUAGUACUUGAAUUUUUACAAUGAUGAACUGUGAACUGCCGAAAUGCUGUUGUUGAUUGUUUGUCUCAUGUUUUAAAAAGACGCUGUAUGCACUUUGGCACCUUUGCCCAAAACAAAUUUCCUCUCGGGGACAAUAAAGUAUAUCUCAUCUCAUCUCAUCUCAUCAAUUUAGACAUGCUAUGUUAUGUUCUAAGGAAAAAAGAAAUCAGGAGUUUUGUUUUCAGUUUCAACUCAAAAAUGUGUUUAUCUUAAAUUCUAUUUUUCACCAGUUUAUGUUCCAUUGUUCCAUCAUUUAAAUAAAAAAGUUCUUUGUUUCCCUGCUGGAUUUCAGUUUCCUGCUCACUGCAAACACAACAAGACAUCAGUGUCAGAAUAUUAGAAAAAAUGUCAUACAGUAGUGUGUUUUUCAUGUGGUUUUUAUCACCGUAUGUACUAUUCGUGCUGGAUUUAAAUUACGUCUGGACCUGCAAUAAUUCUAAAAUGACACCAUAAAAAAAAUGAAAAA